AUGCCAAACUUUGGAAGCAAGAAGAAGCGCGCGAAGAAGACGAAGAAGACGAAGGAUUUGGAGGACAAACUUUUGGAUUUGAAUUUAGAAACGACCACCACGGACGAAGAAGAGGAAGAAUUGGAGGCGAAGAAGGCGAGGCGAAAGCAGAAAAAGCUUUCCGAGAAGAAGAAGAGAAAGACCCCGAAAGAAGCGGAGGAGAAGACGUCGUACCGGCCGCCGUACGAGUGGCUGGACGACAACGAGGAGGAUGGGGACGACGAUGCUUCGUUUCUGCCGCGCGUGUGCACGGAAGAAAACGACGAAGAACGCAACGUCGCCUUUGAAGGGUUCGAUAUCACAACCUUUUACGGAUCAGAGAGGUGGCAGUUUGAAAGCGACGUAUUUGGAGAAGAUCGAAUACACAGAGGUUCGGAGAAAUUCUCCUGCGCCUUAACGUGCGGACCGAGGAAUGAGACGGUGUAUUUUCAUUUCAAAAGUAGAGUGAACUUGUUAAAGUUUCAGAAACGACCGCGACGGUUUCUUCCGAUGUGCGGCGGCUUCUGUUGCGUCGGCGUGAUUUUUUCAAGCGAUCCGGAUUCGUGUUGUUUCAAUCGUUUAUUUCGAGGGGAUCCAUCGAAAUUUGCGAGAAAAGAUCAGAAAGUGUACAUGUUUGCGGACGAAGCGAGCAAACAGUAUUUUUUAUCGUACGCGCAGGAGUUGUCGAAGGUGUGCGAGGAAGCUUUCGAAAGGAGAGGGUUUCAAGAAAACGCAGAGGUAUGCGACGGAGGGUAUCACGAUGGUCACUAUGCUCCGUUUGGAAAGAUUGAUGGGUAUCCAGAACACUUUAACUAA